AUGGAGAGCUCAUCGACCCCUCUCGCCGAUUAUUUCUGGAUCGCUGGCGUAGAGUCGGUGUCCUACCACGAUCCCAACUCGCAACCCGCACCCGUCGUCGUUCCUGUCGAGUCCACCAUUAUCGAAGAUGGCGAGCCCGAGGAUGAGUGGACAAAUGGCGACCAGCCAAAGACCAACGCACGACACUCGCGACAAAACUCCGCCAGCCGCCUUUCUAGGAUAUCUCUCACCGACCGGUUCUCGAUACAAACCCUCGACGAUACUGACGGCAACACCAAAAGCAACCGCAGCAGUGCCACCAUCCGUGCUGUAAACCCCCCCGACUUCACUAAUGGCAAUGGCAAUGACAACAGCAAUGCCAACGGCCAGAGUCCUGCCCCCACCGGCAUUAUGGGCGAGGGUUCCAUGCUCAUGGGCGACUUCGAUUUUGAUAAGGCCUUGGUCAAGUUUGCAGCCGAGCGCGAAGUCUUUCUUGAAGACCUAAGUUUUAGUGCGGGUGCAAGAGUACAGGCUCGGGCACCAAUGGUGAAUCCUCGAAUGGAGAGAAUCAAGGCAGAAGAAAGUGACAGCGGCAGACUGAGUCCUCUCAGAAGUAUUAAGGGUAGCAUCCGCCGCAAGAUGAGCUUUAGAGAUAUGAACAGCGUGCGCAAACAGCCCAGCAACAGGAUCAGCACAAGUCGUGCAGCCUCCAUUCGAACAACGAGGAGGCUGAGCAACUAUAACUCCGUGAUUCCUCCUCCCGAACCUCUCAACACAGAUCCAGAUAUGCAUCCACUCAAACGACGCUUCGAGCCGGUUCUUCUCGACCGAUACCCUCCCCAAGAGGCAGGAGAUGAAAUCUCCCGGCGUGGAAGGUUUCCCGACUACGUGCCCAUGUUUGCUUUCCCCAACGAUAUCCAGAUAGUUUCGUCCGAUGACAGGCCGCGAUCUACAUGGCACGGCUUUACCAUGACCUCAGACGACAACUCUAAGUUGUACGGCAUCACCAUCAUUAUCUGGACUGCUCUUAACGCAGAUGUGGCCGAGGACGUUGAGAAGAAGUGCGAGCAAUGGCGACAAAGCCACAUGUCCGAAGAAGAACGAGAGCUGGCAGCAAGCCUAGGUGUCCGACUGGCAGGCGAACGCACUCACCUGUCGCAGCUCCUGGCAAAACUACCUACGAUCCCAUCAGGCUCCCCCGCUCGUGAGAGGCUCGAAGACGAGAUUAGUACGGUAGAAGAAAAGAUUACUCUCAUGACGGACAUGCUUAGGCCCCUGAGACAUGGUGCUGCGUCCAAGAUUGAAGGUCUCACUGCCGGUGAGAGUGGGCUUUGGGUGCCUCGUGCCUAUGGUAUUCUAGGCCGAGACGCAGCCAAUAUGUCUUUCUGGAAAGAAUGGCUUAAGGCUAUUGUUACGCCCAUGACUGAUGGAGGUAUCCUGAGAAUACCCCCAAGCUCGCCAAGAGUCGGACGCUGGCAACCUUUGGAACGAUAUGUCGUCAAUCUUUGCACAGAAGCUUUCAACCCCUUAGGAUCCAAAACUCAGGUUGAAUUAGGAGUGCGGGAACUGCGACUUUAUGCUCGGAAAGAAGCCGACAAUGAGAUUCCCGGCUCUCGGUCUAUCGAUCUCUAUGCUUUGUUCCGUUGUCUAUCUCUCGAGAAUAUUGUCGCCCUGUUCGAAUAUGCCAUGGCGGAAUCCCGCAUUAUCUUCUUAUCAUCUCACACUAGCAUGUUACACCUUGCUUGUCACGCAUUGGCAAACCUCUUAUAUCCAUUGAAAUGGUCUAGCAUUUUCAUCCCUAUUCUUCCUGCACGACUCUUGUCAGCCCUCGAAGCGCCUUGUCCUUACAUCGUGGGUAUUGAGCGUCGUUACGAUAGAAUUGAGCUACCCGAAGAUGAUUAUGUGCUCGUUGACUUGGAUCAAGACACUAUUGAUGCUACGUCACAGCCUGUUCGACUUCCUCGUCAAGCACGCAGGAAACUUAUGUCUCUCCUACAAGUCGCGGCCCCCCAUAAGCUUCGAUAUGGCGUUACAACUGGACCUCCUCCCUACGCUAUGGAGUCGUUCCCCUACGAUGCCUUCUCGACCGAGAACGGUGCACUGUUUAGAUCCUCAACUCCUAAGAGCACUCUUGGCAAGUGGGUGUCUCAAAGCUCUUCAGGAUUUGGGGAGCCUGAUCCGCCAAGCGAGAUCCUGCCCCCAAUUUUCAACGCUUUCGCCUCGGCACAUGUUGAGAAUGGCAAAUCAGACAGACCUAGCACAAGCAAGUCUGGUAAGACAAGUCCUCAAUCGUCUGUAUCUCCUGUUUCCAUAAACUUCCCUCCCAUGCCUUCUACGCCCGUCUCUCGAAGCGACUCAGGAUUUGCUCUUGCAGCUACACUUCGAGAGAAGCGUUCGGGUCACUUCGGCGAAGAAAAGAUGCGACGCAGCUCCUCCUUUGGUAUCGACAAGCACCCGCCGUUCCAAAAGCCGGGCAUGCCCUUCCUCAACGGCCAUCAAGCCAAUCUGUCGAUUUCAGCCAUUUCAGUCGAAUCUCAGAAUUCUGUUGUGGGUGGGACCAAUGGUGGCUAUGGAGGUGGCGGAAAUGGGGGUUAUGCUCCGUCAACUUACGCGCAAUCAACACUUGCGGCAUCAACCAUCAUGCCCAGCAUGCAGAUCCAGCCUGUGAGGAACACUGAAACCACAGUGUGGGUUGAAGGGCAUUGCUUCAAUUACAUGCCUAAGGACAACUCUUCGAUCUGUACCAUCUGUAAUGACCAUGCUGAAGGAGAUGGCGUUUAUAAAUGCACUGGCUGCAAAGUCAUCUCCCAUGGCAGAUGCCUUGGCCAUUGCUCACUUGUCUGCCCGGAGGCAUUCCAUGCUGACCGUGUACGCGCGGCAUUUGUUCGCUGCCUUGCCAGUCUUUUGUACACCUACCGCAAGUAUCUCGGACGACCUUCGAAGCAGCAAAAGUCCAACGGUCAAUUGUAUGCCUUUGAUAUGGAUGGUUUCAUCAAGAGCCUACCGCAUGAUCAACAUGACUAUGCCGCGAUGAUGCGAGAAACACAAUGCUUCAAUGAAUUCAUUCAUGAUCGUGAGAUGCAGCCUGCCAACAACGCUGAAAUCCGGUUAUUUGAUGAGAUUAUCAUGGCCAAGAAAGCCCGAGGCCGUUCUGGUUUGUCGACUGGUCUUUCCCGCCUCUCCACGAUCCGUGCUUCUCAUGGUGCCUCGACCUACGGUGGCUUUGGCCCUCCGCGUGGCGGUUCCAACAGCAAGAUCCCCGCUUUCCUUGGUGACACAUCUGAUCACAUCUGGAGGACUGCUUCAGUACCACUACCCAAAGGCAACUUUCCUGGAGAGUAUCGUACUGUCGUCACUCGGACUCCCGCCCGUCUUGAUCGAUCUCUGAUGCGAGAGCCUCGAUCAAUUCAAGGGAUGCCCCGUGUAGAGCCAAGAGGCACACGUGGACUCAUUCGCAAGCAAGUUCCAAGCAUGCUCGGCACGACGCCGCCCACUUGA